UAGUACAUUUUCAUUGUACAUUUCGCGAUGCGCCGAACCAACGACCGCUUCCGUACUGCAAGCUUCAGUACAAUUAGUGAAACGCUCGGUUUGUUUGCAUCGGAUCGUCACGAAAUUCCCUAUUUCGAAUGUGCAUAAAAAUUGUGUUUAACUACUCUAAUCAGACCUGAAAAUUUUAUAGAAUAUUGGUGCGAUGUCGAAAGAACUUGCUCCAGAUGUUGUCGUCACAAUCAAGGAGUUAAUUGCAAUAAUAUCCGGUUUUGAAGAAAACACGGAACACUUCGCUCACAUCCUAAAAUAUUUUACUGCAAAACUAAAAAAGUCGGAUACAAUGUACUUUGCCAGCAAACGGGAAAUCGACAACAACAUCAGUGGCAUGAGUGAAAAAUUUUGUUUUCACGGAUUUUUUCCACAGUCAAAUGCUUUGUCGGCGGCAUAUAAAACUUAUCUUUCAGAGCUACUUCCCAAGUCAGAAAUGAUGUCUAGACUUAAUGUUGUAAAAUUUUUACUCUGUCUGUCUGAUUCGCCAACAAAGCAUUUUUUAGAAAAUCCAGAGUUGCAUGCCGAAGAACCGAAGCCGAAAGAGGAAUGCGAUAUUGAUUGGGGAGCAUAUUUGAAUGCAGGAGUUGAACCAUGGACACCUAAUUUUGAUGAAACAAGUGAGGACGAUUCUGAUAGCAGUUUACAUGAUGAGCGGAGCGGAGAGUUAUCUGAAGACUUCAAUGGCGAAACACUGCCAAUCCAAAUUAAAAGUGUUGAAAGAAUAUGCGUUAUGGAUUUGAAAUUUAAGCGCGAGGAGCUACUAGCGACUAUACAACAUUCCUGGUAUAAUGACGACAGCUUCAUGAUGCGACCAAAGAGUGAUUGGAGAGAAGCUAAUAUUGGAAUUUUGUGGGAGGAAUACCUUCAAGAUCAAUUCCAAGGUUUAGCGUCUUUGAAAUCAUCAUCAAUUAUUUCAGAAUAUAAGGUUAUUCGAGAAAUUUUGUGGCAGAUUUGGAAACCACAUAAUUCAUGCACCAUACAGUUGGUUGGCAACAGCAUCAAACCAAGACCAGAUGUAUCAUUAGCAAGUAUUAGAUCAUACGCUUUUUACAACUAUAUGAACGAAUUUUUAUCUUACAUCGAAUUGAUGGAUUUGUUUAGAAAAUUUGAUAAUUCUCUUCAAGAAGAUGUGGGUGCCGACAUGAUAUGCCGUACAUAUCAAAGUUACGGCAGUUCAAUUAGGAAGAUCUGUGAUCCCAUUUAUAAACGUUUAUCUGAGCUAGAAGACACAGUUAGACAACAAGAAUCGACUUUCACUCUGCUUAAUCUUGCCAGUGAAUUGCGGAUUAUAAUGCAGCCUCUCAAAAUCCUGAAGGACAUACAUGAUCAAGUAACAAUCGAUUACAUCAAAAAUUCUCCAUUAAAUUGCGCCACAAUUCUUAUUGCAAGACUUCAUGAAUCUCUAAGUUUUACAACGAAUAAGCUAGAGCAAGAUUUAAAAUUAACUUUGUUUAUUGAUACUGUUUUUUAUUAUAUUUCCCUGGUUGACUCUUGGUUGAUGGGUGAUGAUCUAGCCGAUUAUGCAAAGGAAUUUGUUGUGGAAAAAAUUGUCAAUUCAGAUCCACGACAAGCACAGUUUGUUGCGAAAAACAAUGUCUCAGAUCACUGCAGAACUAAUACUUUUCUGAAAAUAUUUAUGGAUCAAAUUUUAACAGUUGGUAGGAAUAUUAGCUUUCUGAGGCUUUUAGGGCAAUACGAUGUAAUCGGAGAUUCGCAAGAACCAAUUUAUAAUGAGUUCCUCCGGGAAAUAUUCAAAGAGUUGCAAACAUUUCCUAAUGAAAAAGAUGAAAGUACUGAAAUGAAACACAAAGAACUAACCCACGGUGUGAGCCGAGAGCACUAUAUAUUUCCUGUAGUUGAAACUGGGAUAUGCAGGUCAAGUCUAGACAUGCAAAAGCAGGAAAACUUGGUAGACGUAGAAGACGGGUUUCUAAUGGCAGUUUUUGCGGAUUUUUUUGGUACAAAACCUGAAAUUGAACCAACAAAGAGCGAGCCGACGUUAUACGAAAAAAUAACAAACAGCACCACAGGCCUAUGUCCAAACGUCAACUUCUUUGAAACCAUACUACUUAACAUUAUAGAACGCAGGUUUACCGUAUCUGGUCUCAUGGUUAAAAACUUGCUAAUUGAAGAGCAUCUCUUAGAGAAACAGUUCCAAUAUCUGAGACAUUUGUACUUGUUUUUUGAUGAUAUUAUAUUUCCGUUCUAUAGAAGACUAUUUGAAAAGAAUGAACAUUCGCGAAAAUACUGGAGCAACACCAUCUGGCUUACCUCCCAUCUACAGGAUAUAUUCAUGGACAUGUACCCAGAAUUCUACGAAAAGUGUUCCGUUCAAGUAAAAGAUGAGUUAGCUUUGUGUGCAGACUCUAACUGGUCUUUCAAUUUAAUAAAUGUAAACUACGAUAUGCCAUGGCCUAUUAGCAUUAUUAUUAACCAACAGCAGAUGGAGUCUUACAAGAUGAUAUUUAAGUUUCUAUUGAAUCUCAAAUGGGCUUUGUACACAGUUAAUCAUUUAAUGUUUACAGAUAUGCAACCGAAAGCAAUAUAUGGAAAGAAAACACAGAAAAGCUUUAAAGUAGAGAACUCUAAGAACAAAAUAACCGGAAAUUUAUUUCGUUUGAAGUUCUCGUUGAUCAAUAUUCUUAAUAACUUGCAGCAUUUUGUAUUUGGUUACGUUUUCCAAAAGAAUUUGCUCCAAUUUGAAUUAGAGUUUGAAAAAGCCUACGAUUUAAAUUCGUUAAUUAAGUCUCAUGAUGGCUUCAUAAGAUGCGUAUCUGGAGCGAUUGAAGAACUACAGUAUCAAAUGUACGAAAAGGAUAAAAAUAACAAUAUAUUUGUGUGCAUUAAGUUACUGAAGCUGAUGUGGGACAACUCUAGGUAUGCCACUCUGGAGCGUAUUAUCGAAUGUGAUAAAAUAUAUAAUACUUUCUUCACUGAUAUUUCCCGAAUAAUAUUUCCCAAUUAUGUUUACGAUUAUUAAAAAUGAAAUGUUGUUACUGUUUUAUAAUUGUUGCCAUAUUAAUUAAUAUAAUUUUGAUACAAAUCCUUAA